CUUAAGAUGGCGCGUGCGUUCGCUGUCUCGAGCAGGGCCGAAAACAACAACAACAACAGUAACAGCAACAUCAUCAGCCCCGAGAUCAAUGGCGUUUAGCCGACACCGCGCACAGACCCAGCUCCUUAUGUGCCCAUUUACUGCACACUAGUGAAUCUAGAUAUCUUCAACCCAAAGCCCUUUGGGCCUUUUUUUCAAUCUAGUUCGGAGAGAAGCAGAGUGGCAUGGAGGACCCAAAGAGCCCUGUGAAGGUGGUCAAACCUUCCCGCUCGAACAGGGGCAACACUUCGUCCUCCAAAACCCAGAGGGAGAACCCUAAGGCCCCAAGCCGAAGCAAGGACGGCAUCCCCCGGGUGAAAGAAGACCUGCAGGGCAGCCGUGGCAGUGGCCGGACCCGCACUGGCAGCCCUCAGGAGCCGGAGAAGGCUAAAGCUCGUAGGUUGACUGGCAGGACCAACUCUGGGGAGAGGGGGAAAGGAAAGACCCAAGCCCAGUUGAGCGAAGCCCGUCAGCAAGCCCAGGAGAGCAAAACUCCAGGCAGAGGCAGCGGGCCGGUUAAGGAUGCAGGAACAACAUCGUUGCCCAACACACACGAGGAGACCUCAACGGAAAACAGCACCAUCACAACUAAAGACAAGACACCUGGUGUGGAUGCCGGUAGACAAAGAGGCAAGCCCACAGCUGAGGUCACAGAGGUCAUGGAGUUGGGAAACUUGACCUCUGACCAGCAGUUGGGCCUCAAACAGGCUGAGGAGAGACUGCAGAGAGAUUACAUACACCGGCUGCUCAAGCAAUCUCCUGAGUACCCAAAUUUUCAGUAUCUAUGCAAACUGUGUUCGGUCCACGUGGAGAACAUCCAGGGUGCUCACAAGCACAUUAAAGAGAAACGGCACAAGAAGAACAUCAUGGAAAAGCAGGAAGAGAACGAGUUGCGAGCGCUGCCUCCUCCCUCUCUUGCCCAGUUGAGGGCGCUAGACUACGCUGUGCUGGAGGCUGCAAAGGUGCACGGUAUUUCAGAGGAAGAUUUUCAGCUGAGGCAGGCCGUGGUGUCCCGAAUGGAGGACAUUAUACGCAGUCAGCUCUCAGCGUGCUCUCUGCGUCUGUACGGAUCCUGCUUCACCCGCUUCGCCUUCAAAACGAGUGACGUCAACAUCGAUGUGUCUUAUCCUUCAACUAUGACUCAGCCUGAUGUGUUGAUCCAGGUGCUGGAGAUCUUAAAAAACAGCGUGAAGUUCGUCGAGGUGGAGUCUGACUUUCACGCCAAAGUUCCUGUUGUCUUCUGCAGAGAUGUGGCAAGCGGUUUGAUGUGUAAAGUGAGUGCGGGAAAUGAUGUUGCGUGCCUCACCACUAAUCACCUCGCAGCUUUGGCCAGACUGGAACCGAGACUGGUGCCUCUGGUGCUCGCCUUCCGUUACUGGGCCAAUCUGUGCCAUAUUGACUGUCAGGCGGAGGGAGGAAUCCCGUCCUAUUCCCUCUCUCUGAUGGUCAUCUUCUUCCUGCAACAGAGGGAGAAACCCGUCCUGCCUGUUUAUCUCGGAUCCUGGAUUGAGGGCUUCGAGGUGAUGCGUGUGGAUGAGUAUCAUCUAACGGGAAUGGAGUCGAAUCUGUUUGUGGGGUGGGAGCACAGACCUGUUCCUCCAGGUGAGGGCCGAGGAGAGGGCAGAACCAAACCGGAACCCAAAAAUCCCACUGAGAAGAGAGAAAAGAAGGGCCAGCACAUGACGGGCAAGGCUCGUUUGACUUUGGAAGCGACGGUGAGUGCGUCUCUAGGUCAGCUGUGGUUGGAGCUCUUGCGAUUUUACACGCUGGAGUUUGCCCUUGAAGAACACAUCAUCAGCAUCCGCCUGAGAGAAAUGCUGUCGCGAGAACUCAAGCACUGGCCACGCCGCAGACUCGCCAUCGAGGACCCGUUUGCGCUGAAGAGGAAUGUGGCUCGCAGUCUGAACAGUCAGAUGGUGUUUGAGUACAUACAGGAGCGUUUCCGUAUGGCGUACAAGUACUUCGCCCGUCCUCAGAGCAGGAACGCACCGAACGGCAGCCGCAGAAUACAGAGGAAGAAACCCAGACACCACAGCAGAGCUCAACCGCACGCUCGUGACGACACAGCCAAAUCUGACAGUCUGAAUCGUAGGAAUGUGGAGAAGAAUGGCGAGGAGGACGACGAUGGAGACAGCAGUGAUGAUGAGGAAGAUGAAGAGGAGAAACUGAUAAGAAAAGGUAUCACAGAUCUUCUGGUGAAAGAAAUGCAGAAUGAGGUCUCGUCUUCCACCGUCGCGUCCCACUCCACACUGAACGGCCUGCUGAUGGACAGUGACGAAGAGGAGGAUCAUGAAGAACAUGAGACUGAGCAGGACAGUAUUGCUCCAGAGGACAUGCACUAUAUCUUUGACAGGAUGAUCUUUACUGGAGGAAAGCCUCCAACAGUAGUGUGCAGUAUCUGCAAGAGAGAUGGUCACCUUAAAGACGAGUGUCCUGAAGACUUCAAGAAGAUCGAGCUGGUACCUUUGCCGCCCAUGACUGAACACUUCAGAGAUAUCCUGGACGGCCUCUGCUUGCUCUGUUACCGUGAGCUUUUGCCGUCUCCUGUAGAGCAACAGAAGAGGGAACAGAUUUUGGCCGGUCUGGAGCGCUUCAUUAGAAAAGAGUACAAUGAUAAGGCUCAACUCUGUCUUUUUGGGUCUUCUAAGAAUGGUUUUGGGUUUCGUGACAGCGACCUGGACAUCUGUAUGACACUGGAAGGUCAUGACACAGCAGAGAAGCUGAACUGCAAGGAGAUCAUAGAGGGUUUAGCCAAGAUGCUGAAGAAACACACAGGCCUGAGGAAUAUCUUGCCUAUCACAACUGCUAAAGUGCCUAUAGUGAAGUUUGAACACCGGCAGAGCGGACUAGAGGGAGACAUCAGUCUCUACAACACACUGGCCCAACAUAACACCCGGAUGCUGGCUACAUAUGCUGCUAUAGACCCUCGUGUGCAGUAUCUGGGCUACACCAUGAAAGUAUUUGCAAAGCGCUGUGACAUCGGCGACGCCUCCAGAGGAAGUCUCUCCUCCUAUGCUUACAUCCUCAUGGUGCUGUACUUCCUGCAACAGAGACAACCACCUGUCAUCCCUGUUUUACAGGAGAUUUUUGAUGGCAACACUGUUCCUCAGAAGAUGGUGGACGGCUGGAAUGCUUUCUUCUUCGAUGAUCUUGAUGAGCUGCAGCGGCGUCUUCCGGAGCUCCAUCAGAAUAAGGAGAGCGUUGGAGAGCUGUGGCUCGGCCUGCUGCGCUUUUACACCGAAGAGUUUGAUUUUAAAGAGCAUGUCAUCUCCAUCCGACAACGCAAGCGCCUCACCACCUUUGAGAAGCAGUGGACCUCCAAAUGCAUCGCAAUUGAAGAUCCCUUUGACUUGAACCACAACCUCGGUGCUGGAGUCUCUCGUAAAAUGACUAACUUCAUCAUGAAGGCCUUUAUCAAUGGCAGGAAGCUGUUUGGCACCCCGUUCUACCCUCAGCCUGGAACAGAGGCGGAUUAUUUCUUUGACUCAAAGGUGUUGACAGACGGUGAGUUGGCUCCAAAUGACCGCUGCUGUCGGAUCUGUGGGAAGAUCGGUCACUACAUGAAGGAUUGCCCAAAGAGGCGCAGAAUCAAGAAAAAGGAGAACGAGAGAGAGGAAGAGGUGAGAGAGGAGGAGAGAGAGCCGAGAGAGAGACGCUGUUUUCAGUGUGGUGAUAUGGGUCACGUGAGGAGAGACUGUCCUGAUUACAAACACCUGCGGCAGAGAGGAGCGCCGGGACCAGCUCCUCACAUGGUCCGAGGGAUGGCAAGCUCUCAGUCUAUCCCCAUACCUCAGGGCGCUUCCGUCCAGGAUCGGGUCGGCCGGAACAGACAGACCUCUGAAUGUUCUGAUACUCGUCAAACUCCUCCGUACUCCCCUCAGCCGUCGCCAUACACCCAGUCUUCCGUUUCUCUGCCGAACAACAAGCCUUCCUCAUCCUCCUCUACCUCUGCUGGCCUCCCCAAACCUUCCAUACCACAACAACAGCACGUUCCACAGGUCCAACUUCCCAUCUUCAACUUCCCACACUCACACCCGGGCCAGUACCAUCAUGCUGGGCUCUCUGCGCUAGGACGCCUACCCUCCCAUGGCCAGCAACCCGCCCUGACCACGGGCUCCUGGCCUGUCCACGGCCCCAUCAUCCAGGGCUCUGGGGCGUCCACUGGCUCUGCCCACCCUGGCCAGCUCGCCUCGACGCCUGGCCUGAAGUUUGCAGUUCGCGGUAUGGGCGGGAACGGAGGUGGGCAGCCGGUCAGCCCUACCCCAAUGAAUCUCAACGACCCCAGCAUAAUUUUCGCCCAGCCGUCAGCGGGGCGGGUGCCUGGGGGGGUAGGGGUCCCGGGCAGAGAGAGGGGGCAUCACUGGCACAAUCACCAUCUCAAUCCAGGUGCACUCAUGGGAAAUGGCACAGUAAACAAGACAGAUCCUAACUUCGUGUCUCAGCUUGGGGGUGUGAAUCAGGGCUCUCGGUCUUGGGAACACAGCAAUGCUGCCCAAUAUUCAUUGUCUCCAUCCUACAUGCCCUACCGUAUGCCACCUUACCUGCAGCAGCCCAACAAACCCUACAUCUCACAAGGUUCUAUGGUGGCAAAUCAACAUUACCCACUUAUUCAACACGGUCGGCACGGCAAUCUCAACUACAUUCAACAGAAGAAAUGAAGUGACACUUUACUUUUUAAACCAAUGCCCAACGUCCUUAUAGAAGACUAACUUUGCAUCAUUUGG